GCACCUUUUCAAAGAUAAAAUUGUGCUGGAUGUUGGUUGUGGAACAGGGAUAUUAUCGAUGUUUGCUGCCCGGGCUGGUGCUGAGCAUGUAUAUGGAAUCGAUAUGUCAAAUAUCAUUGACCAGGCACGUCAAAUAAUCAUCGACAAUAAGUUAGAUCACAAGAUCACGCUGAUCAAGGGCAAAAUGGAAGAAGUUGAGUUGCCAGUUAGUCAAGUUGAUAUUAUUAUUUCAGAAUGGAUGGGAUAUUUUUUACUCUACGAGUCUAUGUUGGAUACUGUUUUGGUUGCGCGAGAUAAAUAUCUGAAACCGGAAGGUCUCAUAUUUCCUGAUAAAGCAACAAUAUACCUAGCAGCAAUUGAAGAUGGAGAAUAUAAGGAAGAAAAAAUUGGAUUUUGGGAGAACGUUUACGGUUUCGAUUUUAGCUCAAUCAAAUCUGUGGCUCUUCGGGAACCCUUAGUAGAUACUGUUGAUAGCAAAGCCAUAGUUACAACCUCUUGUCCAAUUAAGGAGAUUGACAUCCGCACCGUUAAAAAAUCUGAUCUGACUUUUACCGCCCCUUUUAAACUAACUGCCACAAGAGAUGAUUACAUUCAUGCAUUCAUUGCGUGGUUUGAUAUUGUUUUCUCAGCGUGUCAUAAACCUAUCAGAUUUAGUACAGGUCCACACGCGAAAUACACGCAUUGGAAGCAAACUGUAUUUUAUACGUCUGAUGCCAUCACUAUCAAAGGUGGUGAGGCUCUCGAGGGCACAGUAUCGUGUGCACCGAAUAAAAAGAAUAACCGUGAUCUGGACAUUGAAAUACAUUAUGAUUUUUAUGGUGAAGCGAAUUCCUGUUCGGAAACCUGCAAAUUUAAAAUGGAGCCACAAGACGCUAUCCUUAUCCCAAGGAAGUUUGCUGGUGGUUGGUGGUCUCGACCUUCAAAUUGGAAGUCCAACACAGCAAUUGUUGCGACCGGGAUGUUUGUAAUUGUAGGGGUCCUUUGGAAAAUAUCGGCUGAACGUGAGUGGAGACAUACCAAGCCCAACCGAUGGAUUCCUUCAAUGAUGUGGUCAAAACAAUUCAAAGAUGGAGAAUAUAAAGAUCUAAAGUUUGAUGAAAACGGAAAUGAGAUCAAGAAACAAGAGUAG